AUGGCCGACAAUGCCUGGGCCAACGUACCGACCGACCUGCUCCGCGCAGAACUUCAACGGCGGCAUGGAGCUGGAGACCAGGCGGACGAGUCUGAAAGACCGACAUGCGGCUCGCGAGAUCGAGGACAUUAUGAUGUCCCCGCGCAUGUGGCCGCCUUGUUCCUCAUUCUGGCAUUGAGUACUCUAUGCUGCGCGCUACCUUUGCUAUCACGACGAUCGACGAGUGGCCGGAAACGAUCGAGCAUCAUAUUCUACUGCCAGCACCUGGGCUCAGGGGUCCUUCUCGCGACGGCCUUUGUCCAUCUCCUGCCCAUGGCAUUUGAAUCCCUGACCGACCCGUGUCUCCCCUACUUCUUCAGCGAGGGGUACACGCCUCUGCCUGGUUUCGUCGCGAUGAUAUCCGCCAUUGUCGUGACCGGCGUCGAAUCGUUCCUCACAGCCCGCGGUGCUGGGCAUUCGCACACGCAUAGCCACGACUUCUGGGACGGCAGCGACAACGAAAGCACGACACAUAUACCGAUGCAGGAGCCCGUCAGCGGACUCGCCGCAGCGCGUCGAGACGGCCACCGACCGAACGACCUCUCGCUAGGCGACGAGGAAUCGACACAGGGCUUGGUGGCGGGCGUAUCGCCCUUACCCACCUCGACUCCCAUCGGCCAGCGAGAUGGGCAGAAGCCCGACGAGCAGGAUGACUUCAACGACGACGAGUCGGACCUCGACUUUGAAGCGGACGAGUUGCACCGGCCGUCGCCCUCUGAGCGAAACGAGGAGACCGCGAACCUGACCCGACGGAACCACCAAGUGGACAAGUCGACCGCGCCUCAACAGAGCCAGGAAGAACAAAACCGACAGGUGCUGCAGUGCGUGAUGCUGGAGGCGGGCAUUCUCUUCCACAGCAUCUUCAUUGGCAUGGCCAUUUCCGUGGCAACGGGACCGGCGUUUGUUGUCUUCUUGAUCGCCAUUAGCUUCCAUCAGUCGUUUGAGGGCCUAGCGCUCGGGAGUCGCAUUGCGGCCAUUCAAUUCCCAAAGGGGUCACUCCGCCCAUGGCUCAUGGUGCUUGCGUAUGGCACGACGACCCCCAUAGGCCAAGCCAUAGGUUUGGGGCUCAAUGGUGUGUACGAUCCGGCCAGCGCGCCUGGUCUGCUCUUGGUUGGCUUCAUGAAUGCCAUCUCGGCUGGUCUGUUACUGUACGCUGGCCUGGUCCAGCUGCUGGCAGAGGACUUUUUGUCAGAGAAGAGCUUCAAGACGCUCAAGGGGACGAAGCGCGCCAGGGCGUUUGGCGCCACGACGGCCCCGACACAGCAAUGGGCGGACUCGCCCAUGCGACUUGUACACACGCCUCAGUAUGAGAUGAAAAAGACAGAUCUGUUCACCACCGGCGCCACGCACAUGGGCCUCCUGCACAACGCCAUCAUCCGCGGGUACAACAGCAUCUACCUGCAAGCGCCCCAUGUCCAAGAGUCCGACAAGGCCGACUUUGUCAACUACGCUCUGACAUGGUACCGCUUCGUCAAGUCGCACCACGAUGAUGAGGAGCUCAACCUCUUCAGCAGGGUGGAGGAGAUUCUGAACGACAAGCAGGUGUUUGCCGAGACGCACGACGAGCAUGAAACAUUCCUCGGGGGCCUCGCCGAGUUCAACUUGUAUCUUUCCACCUUGGAGUCUCCAGAUGAUCUGUCGGCCACCAAGCUGUUGGCCAUCAUGGACUCCUUCCAGCAACCCUUUGAGCACCACUUCCACCACGAGAUCACGACCAUUGCUGCUCUCGCAGACCAUCCCAAUGCACCGACCCCUGACUCACCUGACGCGGCAGUCGCCUCUGCUCUGUUCAAGGCGUGGGGCAAGAAGACGGUGUCCAAAGCCGGCAUGUCUGACGUCCUGCCCUUCUUCCUGAUGAACCUGGACGCCACCUUUGAGGACGGCAUGUGGUCCAACUGGCCGCCCAUGCCUGCGCCGAUCCGAUGGGCCCUGACCAAUGUCGUGGGCGCCUUGCAUGGUCCUUGGUGGAGGUUUGCGAGCUGCGAUUCGACUGGGCAGCCUAGGGAACUACAUGCUCUGCAGACAAAGAGCGAGAAGACUGAGCUCUAA